CCUGCCACGUGCAAUCGACAAGAAGAAGAGCCAGAAGAAGAAGAAGAGAAAUGGGUGGAAAGACAAAACAAGCGCCGCGCACCAAAAAUAAUGCAAAGCCCUCGAGCAGCAGCCGUACCGCCGAGCUGCUGGGCAGCUCCACGCCCAUUUUCGUGGGCUUCUCGGCGCAGGCGGAUGGCGGUGGCCUGGUGCCAUUUGCCCCGGGAUUCGCCAGUGCCGAACAAAUGCCCGAUAGCUUCGACGCGGCCAUCAGCCCCCAGACACAGAUCAUUCUGCGCAAGCUAUCAAAGAAGGACCCCAUGACCAAGAAGAAGGCGCUGCAGGAGCUGCACGAACUGAUCGAACAGUCGGACGUGGAGGCCCUGAAGAACAUACUGCCGCUGUGGCCCAAGUACUAUUUGAAUCUGGCCAGCGAUCCGGAGCACAAUGUCCGGGAACUCACACAGACGGUGCUGCAUUUGCUCAUGGCCAAGUGUAAGAAGGCGAUGGCUCCGUACCUCAAGCUGCUAGUGCCAGUUUGGCUGGGCAGCCGCUUCGAUACGUAUGCUCCUGCGGCCAGCAUCGCCAGUCAAUCCUUCCGAGACACGUUUGCGGGGAACGCUAACCGCACACGCGAAGUGUGCCUGCACUGUCAGGUGGAGAUCCUUGAGUACGCCACUCGCAACCUGACUUUCCACACAGCUGCCACUUUGUCAAUUGGGAAAAGUCUCACGCCAGAGGAGGCAGAACAGAAGUACCAGCGCGUCGUCAUCAGCAGCCUGAAAUUAUUGUCCUUCUUCAUGGAGAAGACGGAGGAUGAGGAGCUCAGCCAAGUUAAGGAGGCAUUCGUCACCCUUGUGACGCAUCAGAAGUUUUGGAGCUUUGGCAAGCACAAAGUGCCGCCCAUUAAAGCUGCUUGGUUUGAGUGUAUCUACCAUAUCCUGCAAUCGGUUUCCCUUUUGGAAGUCAUCUCGCCGCAAAAGUCGCAACUGACUACUCUCUGCUUCCAAUUUAUAGACGAUGCUGAUCCCGUCGUGGCUCCUCACAUAUGGGGAUGUGUUUUGCUUAUACAAAGUAACUACGAGGAUUGGUUUGUUCCGCUCAACAUUCGCAAGGCUCUCCUUCCCAAACUGUCGUCUCUGCUCCGCAGUGGCUUCAAUCGCAACGCCCAGGCUAUAUGUCCCAAUCUGCUGCCAUUUCUGUCCAAGAUUACACCAGCCUCACUCCAAGAUCUGGAUAUCUACGAGUUCUAUCAGCGCUUCUUUGACGACAUGAAACUGGCCGUCACGGAAAAAUUCGACCCCCCGCUUCCAAAAUCCGAUUGUACUGUUAUUCACGUUGCUUAUUUCGAGUGCCUCCGUUUUCUACUGCAGCAGAUUAACAACACCAAGGACCGAGAUCAGAAAGUGGAGGAAUUUGCCACUAGCUUACUUCAAAACAAUGUGCUGGAACCCAUUGGUUGGCUGCUGAAGAGCGACAGCGCGCAUGUGAAGAUAUUUUUCCAGCAUAGUUCUGCACUGGUAGCCUUUUGGGAUCGGCAGAUUAACCAUAAAUUAGAUAAUGGUGGCUUGUAUGCCAAGUUGCUGAACCAGUUCUGGACACGCAUCUUUGAGCUGGUCACCAAUGAUCUGGCUGCCGAAGACGUGAAUGAGCAGCUGCUGUCGCAUGUCUUGCUUUUGGUGCAGGAUCUGCACAUGGCUAAUCCCAGCCUGGAGACUCCUAGUGUGAAGUUUGUGGAGGAGGAAGGAAAGGUCGAAAAGAGCGAACCUACUACUCCAGUUAAAAAGGCUCAAGAAGCUGCGGCCUUUGUACAAAAGGAACUGAAACAGUUAGUUGUAAAGCUUGUUAAAAUCUGCCUGGACAAGGCUAAAAUCAGUGGGAGUGGUAAUUCCUCCUCGCGUUACAUUGAGCAAAUUCGCACCCUCACAAAAAUGUUCACCGAUGCUGCGUUCUACAAGAGUUUAACUGAUGUCGGAGAUUUGGGAGGAGCGCUCGAUAAAUUUGUUUCACUGCUGGGAAAUCUGAAUGAUGAUGAUUGCGAAUAUGUUGUAGAAAUCGUGUUUAAGAUUCUGCCGCUGCUGGAAUCGGAGAAACGCUUUGGUUAUAUUGAAAACAUCCUUAUGAAGCUUCCACAACAUCGCGUGCAAAACCUACUUCUCUACCGUCUGCUGUCUUAUCCCCUGUGCACAGAGCCCGCCGUGAGGCAGAUGCUCAGUGGUCCGGAAACUUGUGGCGUGAUUGCGCGGAUAGCGCAGGAGGUGGUGGUGGACAAUGAUCGAGAGAAGCUCAAUUUGCUUCACAAGUGCUUCUUUCAAACGGAUUCUGGAGACAUACUCAUCAAUGCUGAAACUGUGGAUAAAAUACUGCUGGCCAUGUGCGGGCCUUUAAAUCAGCCGGGUAUCGAUGAAAUGGUGGAAGUGUGUGGCAGCUUUAUUGCCCAGAUAAUGCCUGUGAUUUGCAGCAACGAUAAUUCUUCGUUGCGUGUGCGCCAUCAUAUCUUUCUCAAGUUGUUCAAAUUCAGUUUGGAGCAUCGACCGGAAGAUUAUUUGUCUGAGGAUACUCUGUGGGAAAUUACCACCUGCUGGCAGGAUGCACUGUCUAGUAAAGACAUUGAAAUCGAUAAUCAAAUGCUGAAGAGCUGUGCGGAAAUCGUGGAGGAUUUGGCGAACUCAUCUGAACUUAAAGCGGAGCAUCUUGAUGGUAUGGCUGAGGCAAUGGCCAAGUUUGUCAUAUGCUCUACGGAAAACAUUGAGGAUGAGAAGAAGCGCUUGGAACGCAUUGAUGAAACUAUAGCGGCUCUUCUGGAUUCCCCCCUAAAAACAUCUGAAAGAAUUCAGCAGUUUGAGAACCAUUGCGUGCUCCUGGAAGCUAUGCAAGGAUCUGUCAGUGCGGGAGUUCCCUUCGAAAGCGCUUCUCUGUCCAAAAUUGAAAUAUUACCAUUACUUCAACGUUGCACCCUCAACUUUGCCACAAUUUACAAGCUUGUGUACCAAUUCCCUCCGCCUCAAAACACAAACAAUCCUGAAGAUGAGUUGACCGAGGACUACUGUGAUCCGAAUGCGGAUGUGCUCAAGACUUGGAAUGAACCCUUGAUUGCUGAACUUCUACAGUGCAUUCGGGUGUCUGGCACUGCAGAGUGCUGGCUGGAAGUGUCAGAGUUGCAAUCUUGGUCGGAAGAACUAGUGCUGAUUCUGUCGGGGAAGGUUGAAAGCUUUAUGGGCAACAGCAGCGAUCUGGUUGGAAUAGUCAAAGAGCGUCUUCAGCUGUCUUCAGUGCAGCAGCCCAGCGUAGUAGGAUGUCGUCUCCUGAGUUACUUCGCAUUUUGUCCACAGUAUGCCGCUUUCGAAGAGAGUGCCAACAUUUUGCUGCACGAGGAUCUCUCCGAAUCUUUAGUGACACAGGGAGCUCUGAAGACCUAUGUGAUGGCACUACAGUUUCUUCUGCCAAAGCUUUCCCAAAAGGCUAUCAGUCUCAAUUCGGCCAUAAUGAGAACGGAACCACCCGAGAUUUGGGUUAAGGCAGCCGUUUUCCAUGCCCUACUCCUAAACAAUUUCGAAGCCGAGGUGAAUGAGCAAACAGAUCGCAAUAUCAUUGCAUCAGCCGUGCAGUUUAUGACAGGCAUAGGGGAAAAGCAAUCCAGCCAAAAGGAUUUACUCCAUUACAAUGUGGAAAUUCACAAGCAACCCUACGAAUCAGUUAUAGAUACGGUGGAGUUCAUCAAACUGCUUACCGAAGUUUUGAAACGGUUUCCCUACGAGCUGGGCAUAAAGAACUGGGAUGCCAUACGCAUUGGUCUCAGUUCUUGGGUGCUGUCUGUUUCCAAAUCCAUAGCUCAAUUCAAUGAUCCAAAGACUUCUCUUUUUGUGGUGGCUGUUUAUCAAUUGUUUGCCGCCUUGACUGAAUUCAUUCGUAUCGAGAAACAGAAGAGUUCAACGGAAUUACUCAAAAACAUGAUCGAUGAAUGGGAUUCUCUGUUUGCCAAGGAAGUCAAUGUGGUGCUCUUCAAGUCAUUUUAUCAACUGACUCACGAGACGAGUGUGGAGCCUGGAUUUCAGGCGUGCUAUGAAGCAUUACUGGAACGCCUAACGCCAGCCCUAGAACUGUUGGAUUACAGUUUUGUUUAUUCGUUCUGCAAGUCGAACAGUAAAAUCAGUUUGGACCACCUCUGCAAUUUCCUGUUCAAGCAGCUUUACAAUUCCCAGCACUCGGUUCGAUUGAGUGCUGUGCACUCUCUUCGCCAAUUAACCCCACAAUUUGUGGCCGACGACAUAGAAUUGAAUGAGAAACAAAGCGAGAGUCUGGAUACAACUACCUCGAUCUCGAAGUGGCAUUUCCUCAACCGUUUUGAGGACUAUCUGACCCGCUACGAUACCCUGAUACAAAAAUACCUGGAGGAGUUCACUUUUAAGCUGGCAGAGCUUGAGGAUCUUGAACCGAUAGACAGACACGAUGCACUAAGCUACCUUUUCUUAUGGGACUGCAUCAUCAAUGCUUGCGCUAAAUCUCCAGUUGCAUUACGAGCUGUGUACACCAAUUGGCUAAAUGAUAACAAAUAUGAAGAGAAUUUUUUACAUUUCCUCUUCCGAGCAAUGCCAGUGGACAUACUUAAAAAUCACGGGGCCAAGGUGCACAGCAAUGGAGUCUACAAGGAGCUCACUUGGACUCAGCUGAAGGAUCGUCAGCUGAGUCUGGAGCGAUAUGUCUGCCACCUGUACACGGAGGUGCUCCGCAAGUUGCCGGCCGUGGUGCGCAGAUGGUGGAACACCACACAAUCCAGACAGAAGAACUUUGUGGACAACCUCACCACCAACUACGUGAGUUCGCUGAUAUGCAGUGAGGAGCUCAAGGCGAUCGCAAAUCGCAAGGAGAAGCACGAGAAUAUGCAGGUUACCGUUCACUCCUCCACCCGCGAAGUGCUUGCGGUCUAUGCCAUCGACGAGGCGCGUAUGGAACUGGUAAUAACCCUGGCUCCCAAUUACCCACUCGGAGCUGUAAAGGUCGAGUGUGGCAAACAGAUCGGUGGACGAGCUUCUUCCCGGAAUGUGGGCAUGCAGCUUACCAUCUUCCUUACACAUCAGAAUGGCACCAUAUACGAUGGCCUGACAAUGUGGAAAAACAAUCUGGACAAGAAGUUCGAGGGCGUUGAGGAGUGCUAUGUUUGCUAUACCGUAAUCCAUCAGGACACUUGCCAGCUGCCCAAGCUCACGUGCAAGACCUGCAAGAAGAAAUUCCACGGACCUUGUUUGUACAAAUGGUUCACCACCAGCAGCAAGUCCACUUGCCCCAUUUGCCGCAAUGUCUUCUAGAUGGAAUACACCCGUGUGUAUAUGUAAUUAGCAGCUAAAUCUUAGUUGACAACACGUAUUAAGCAAAAGGCACAACCAAACCAUUCGAUGUAGGCAAUAGUUUCUGGUCUCUCAAAUUGUAAAUCCCCAAUAAUAAUAAAUUCGUACAAUGUUUAAAUGUUCUUAAUGAGAUGUUAAGUGCAGAGAUUUUA